AUGGCGGACGCUGACCUCACCUCUCCGCUCCUACCCUCCGACCACAUCGUCCUCACCGUGCACUCCUCCGCUGCUCCCUCUGCCGCUGACAACCCCUUCCGCGCCCUAGGAUGCGAUGAUGAGCUCGCUGUGCCGCCUCCUGGAACCAUCGACCCCUUCCGCAACGGCACGCCGGCGAUUGAGGGGCUCUACGAGUGGGUAAAGAUGCUGCUGUGUCUGCCGGUGGCGGCGCUGCGGCUCGUGAUCUUCGGGCUGUGCCUCGCGGUGGGGUACGUGGCGACGAAGGUAGCGCUGGAAGGGUGGAAGGCCAAGGAGAAUCCUAUGCCGAAGUGGAGAUGUAGGGUUAUGUGGAUCACGCGAAUAGGGGUUUUGGAAGGAAGUUGGUUUCUUUUGGAAGGAAGUAGAUGCAAGGUAAAACAAUGGUUUAGGGUACAUGUAGUGAGCGUGAAAAUCAUAACUGGGGUUGAUACGUUUGUUAGUGAACUUCUGGGUUUUAUCUUGGGUUGGGCGGUGGGAAAUAUGCCAGAGAAAUGCAGGAUAGAAUUGGCUUUUUGUGCAAAUAGUUUUGAGUUUGCCAUCUAUCAGUGGAUAAAACGGAAAGGAAAACCUGCACCAAGGGAAAUUGCUCCAAUAAUUGUAUCCAAUCAUGUAUCAUACAUUGAGCCUAUCUUCUAUUUUUACGAAUUAUUUCCCACUAUUGUGGCAUCUGAGUCUCAUGACUCCAUACCUUUUGUUGGCACAAUUAUAAGAGCAAUGCAGGUCAUAUAUGUUAACAGAUUCGUACCAUCAUCGAGGAAGCAGGCUAUCAGGGAAAUAAAGAGAAGGGCCUCUUGUGAUAAAUUUCCUCGAGUACUAUUAUUUCCUGAGGGAACAACAACUAAUGGGAGGAACCUUAUCUCCUUCCAACUUGGUGCAUUUAUCCCUGGAUACCCAAUCCAGCCUGUGAUUGUACGCUAUCCUCAUGUGCACUUUGACCAAUCCUGGGGUAAUGUUUCUUUGGGGAAGCUUAUGUUCAGGAUGUUCACUCAAUUUCACAACUUUUUUGAGAUAGAAUAUCUUCCCGUUGUUUAUCCCCUGGAUGAUAAGGAAACUGCUGUACAUUUUAGGGAGAGGACUAGCCGUGCCCUUGCAACUGCAAUGAAUGCUGUCCAGACAGGACAUUCUUAUGGAGACAUAAUGCUUCAUAUGAAAGCACAAGAAGCAAAACAGGAGAACCCCUCAAGUUAUAUGGUUGAAAUGACAAAGUUGGAAGCAUUAUUUCAUGUCAGCAGCAUGGAAGUUGUGGGCUUUCUGGAUAAAUUCUUGGCCAUGAAUCCUGAUCCCAGUGGUCGUGUCCAAUAUCAUGACUUCUUGAGGGUUUUAAGACUUAAGGCUUGCCCGCUAUCUGCAAAGAUAUUUUCAUUCAUUGAUGUGGAGAAGUGUGGAACAAUUACAUUCAGACAGUUCUUGUAUGGAUCUGCCCAUGUCAUGUCGCAACCAGGGUUCCAUCAAGCCUGUGAAGAAGCCUUUUCUGGGUGUGGUGGUGCAGUAAAGCCCUAUAUUGUUGAACAAGAGUUACGAGAUUUCAUCCAACCUGUAAUCUUCAGCUGGAAUGAGGUUGAGGUCCAUGAGCUUUUUAUGUUAUUUGAUAACGAUAAUGAUGGAAGAAUUGACAAGAAUGACUUUGUUUCAAUCCUUAGAAAAAAUCCUCUUCUCGUAGCAUUUUUUACACCUCAACCAAAGCAAAAGGAAUUUGAAGGUAAUAGAGUGAUAGAGAUAGUGUGA